GCGCAACCCGUUUUUCUUCCGGCGGCUUGCUGACCUCUUGUUAUGGCGUCGGCUUCGGCUGCAGAGAGAGUGAUUGCCACUGCAGUUCCUGCUUCAGGUACCAACAGCAAUGGUGAGUCGUCUGAAGUUGAAGGAGGAGUUGGAGCAGUGGGCGAAGAGAAGGACGCGCCUGUGAAAGCAGAGGCCGCUGGGGACAGCGAGGAGGACGGAGAGGAUGUGUUCGAGGUGGAGAAGAUCUUGGACAUGAAGACCGAGGGGGGUAAAAUCCUUUACAAAGUUCGAUGGAAAGGAUAUACAUCAGAUGACGAUACCUGGGAGCCUGAGGUUCAUCUUGAGGACUGUAAAGAAGUUCUGCUUGAAUUUAGGAAGAAAGUUGCAGACAACAAAGCUAAGCCAGUCAAGAAGGAUAUUCAGAGAUUAUCCUUAAGUAAUGACAUAUUUGAGGCAAACUCUGAUAGUGAUCAGCAAAGUGAGACAAAAGAAGAUACUUCCUCAAAGAAGAAAAAGAAAAAAUUAAGACAUAAAGAUGAGAAAAGCCCGGAAGAUCUGAAAAAGAAAAAAGCAAAGACUGGCAAACUAAAAGAGAAGUCCAAAUCAGACCUGGAGAGUUUCUCAGAAAGUUUAGUUUUUGAUUUAAGGACAAAGAAAAGAAUUUUCGAAGCCAAAGAAGAAUUAAAGGAAUUUAAAAAGCCAAAAAAAGAUGAUAUAAAAGAAACUAAGGAGUUAAAGAAAGUUAAAAAGGGUGAAAUAAGAGAUUUAAAGACUAAAGUAAGAGAAGAUUUCAAAGAAAACAAAAAAACUAAAAAAGACAAAUGCAUUGAAUCUCAGUUGGAAUCUGAAUCAAGUGUACUUAAUGAUUCCCUUUCUCAGGAUGAUGACAAUGAAGAUUUACAUUCUGAUAAUAAAGAAGAGAAACAAAAGAUUAAAAGUACAAAAGAUAAAUCAGGGCCAGAUAUAAUUGCAGGUGUUGUAUUUGAUAAACAGCCAGAUGGCAAGGUAAGUGCUGAUGAGGACACUGAUGUCAGAACAAAGAGGAAAAAGAAGAAACUAAGAAAGACUGAAGAACAUAAGGACAGCAACAAGCUAGAAAACAAAGACCUUUUCUUAGAAAGGAAAAAUACACAUAAAAAGCAAAGGAAUCAAGACAAAGGCAAAAGUACCAUUGAGUUUGAUAAGCCCAUACCUGCAUCUUCCCAAACACAAAAGAGUUCAAAAUUGGGUGGGGAAGAGAGAGGCCACAGGUCUACUGAUUCACCUGGAGAGGAGAAAGAGACCAAAAAGAGUGAAUCCAAAGAAAAAUGCCAGAAAAGGCAUGAUUCUGACAAGGAUGAAAGGGGCAGAAAAGAGCCAAAGGGAUUAAAGAUUCUAUUGUUUACACUAGCUUUUAAGGAAAUCAGGAGUGCAUUUGAUAUAUUUAAAUUAACUCCAGAAGAAAAAAACGAUCUUACUGAGAAUAAUCGGAAAAGAGAAGAAAUUCCACUGGAUUGUAAAAUCACAGAAGAUUACAAAACCAAGGAAAACAAGUUAUUUAAAGAAAGGAGAAAUACAAGAGAUGAAACGGAUACUUGGGCAUAUAUAGCUGCAGAAGGUGAUCAGGAGGUUCUAGACAAUGUAUGUCAAACAGAUGAGAGUUCUGAUGGCAGGCAACAAAUUUUGAGUUUGGGCAUGGACUUACAGUUGGAGUGGAUGAAACUAGAAGAUUUUCAAAAGCAUCUUGAUGGAGAAGAUGAAAAUUUUGCUACAGCAGACACAAUUCCAAGUAAUUUAUUGAGGGAUGCUGUGAAAAAUGGGGAUUAUAUUACUGUAAAGGUUGCACUUAACUCAAGUGAAGAAUAUAACCUGGACCAAGAGGAUUCAAGUGGAAUGACUCUAGUGAUGCUUGCUGCAGCUGGAGGACAAGAUGACCUCCUUAGACUCCUCAUCAAAAAAGGAGCCAAAGUUAAUGGAAGACAGAAGAAUGGGACCACUGCACUGAUUCAUGCAGCUGAGAAGAACUUUUUAACCACAGUGGCUAUUCUUUUGGAAGCGGGAGCUUUUGUAAAUGUCCAGCAGAGCAAUGGUGAGACUGCUUUAAUGAAGGCCUGUAAAAGAGGAAAUUCGGACAUUGUACGGCUUGUGAUUGAAUGCGGAGCUGACUGUAAUAUUUUGUCAAAGCACCAGAAUAGUGCACUGCAUUUCGCUAAGCAGUGUAACAACGUGCUGGUAUAUGAUCUGCUUAAGAAUCAUUUAGAAACACUUUCAAGAGUAGCAGAAGAGACAAUAAGGGAUUACUUUGAAGCACGUCUUGCUCUACUAGAACCAGUUUUUCCAAUAGCGUGUCAUCGUCUCUGUGAGGGACCAGAUUUUUCAACAGAUUUCAAUUACAAGCCCCCACAGAACAUACCAGAAGGCUCUGGCAUCCUGCUGUUUAUUUUCCACGCAAACUUUCUGGGUAAAGAAGUUAUUGCUCGGCUCUGUGGACCAUGUAGUGUACAAGCCGUAGUUUUAAAUGAUAGAUUUCAACUUCCUGUUUUUCUGGAUAGUCAUUUUGUUUAUUCAUUCAGUCCUGUUGCCGGCCUCAAUAAACUCUUUAUAAGGUUGACUGAAGCACCCUCUGCUAAGGUGAAAAUUCUUCCCUCAUAUUUAGUGUUACUUCUCAAAUUGUUACUCCAAAUCAUUUUAUCAUCAUUAGAAAAAAUUUUCAAGAAAACGUUGUGCUUCUUAGCCUCUGGAAGAAGGGUGUGUCCUAGAGACAAGUACUCCCUAGGGUAGCAAUUCUACAUGCACCUUACUUGUCUAGAUCUAAAAUGUGUCAGACAUAAAUAAUGAAAUGUGCCAAUAAAGAGACUAAUGAGAAUACAUCUCAAGUCAGUUCCAGGCUUUGGUAUUUACUUGUCACUACUGUAAUGUUUCUAACAUAUUCUAAAAGCAAAUUAUAAGCCCUUGGAAUUUUUUGGUAACAGUGGAAGAAACACCACCAAGUCGAAAAUAUUGCCAAGUAAGAGAAACAAGUGUAGGCUAUGUUUUGUUUUCUCCCGCUUUUUAGAAAAGGGGAACUUUUUACUUCUGUACUGAUACGUAUUUUUUCUUCCAAUAGGUUAAGUUGCUAAUAGGUGCAUACAGAGUGCAGCUGCAGUGAACAAAGGAUUGUGAUGGAGUUCUCUUCAGACCUAUUUUUAAAUACCUCUCUUCACAGCAGUUUGGAAUUCUUCUGGCACAUCUAACCCUUUCAGAUUUAAAGUUUUAUCUGUAAACCUCUUGCAGUUCAAGGCCUGUCAUCUGUUGUAGUCUAUAAGAUGGGACACAGUUGUUCUAACAGGUUAUAAAAUAUAGGUGUAAGUAUUCAUGCCAGUAUUCUGAAAUCUCCAUGUUGUGGUGUCCAGACUGCAUAUUUCAGUUCUCCACAAUGUGGAAUGCUAAAUGAGGAUUAUUUAAGAAAAUUAAACGAUCUUUUUUAAACUUCAGAUUUUCUUCAGAUUUUCUACUAGCCCUGGUGAAUUCUGUGUUUUUAAAAAAAAAAAAAAA